AUGCUUCAAUUUAAUAAAGAAGAGGACAAGAAAAAUUGUUUAAACCAAAGUGAUAAUAUUUUAGUAUUAACAGGUCAGGUAAAUGAAGAGGUUAAAGAGCUGAAAAAAUAUGAACAGGUUAGGCAUGGGGAAAUUUUGAAUAGUGGAUUGUUAAAUAGGACAGAAAAUAAAAAUAUAAGGGAAAAUAGAAUGGAAAAUAGAAAUGAAGAAGAGAACACACACGAGGAAGAAGUUCAAAAUUUGGAAAAUCCAAAUGAAGAAGAGAAUAAAAGUCUCAGUAAAGAUAAAAACUUAACUAGCGAAAAAGGGAAAAAAAAUAAAAAAGAAACAAAUGUAAAUUUUAUAGUUGAAUACAACAGGUAUAAACCUACGAGGAUACAUGUUUCUAAAAAAAAUAAUAAUACCCCUGUUGUAAAAAAAAAUACAAAUCAAUAUAUAAAUUGUAAUUUCAGAUAUUAUGUAAAAGAAAAAAAUUAUUUAAUGCAAAAUAUAGAUGAUAAUAUAAAGUGGGAACAAAUCGAAAAAGUUGAUUAUAUCACAUUUGAUAAUACCUGCUUAACCUGUCCAAUAUGUCUUGAAAAUAAUAUUAUAUCUCCAAGAAUAACAAAAUGUAGACAUAUAUUUUGCUUUUUUUGUAUUUUGAAAUAUUUUAUUGAUGAAGAGAAGAAAACAUGGAAAAAAUGCCCAAUCUGCUUUGAAAUAAUUAAUGAGAAUGAUUUGCGUGUUGUUAAAUUUCAUUAUGUCAAGAAUUAUAAGAUUAAGGAUAAUAUAAAUAUGUGCUUAUUAUAUACAGAAAAUAAGAAAAUUAACUUAAAAUCAGAUAGAUUAUAUUUCAAUAACACUUUUAAAAUUACCAAUAAUAAUUUUGUAAAAAAUAAUAAAAAUAUAGAUUAUAAAUAUAUUGUAAACAUUGAUAAUAUGAACAAAAAUUUAACUACUUAUAGUCAAAAUCAUUCGGAUAAAAUACUAAAAUUAAAUUUAAAUUUAGGCAUACAGUUUUCGAAACUAUUUUAUAUAUAUAACCCUCUCUCUAUUUGGUUAAAGGAUUUAACAAUUUUUAAUUUUAUUCUGACAAAUAAAAAAAUGAAAUUUUUUGCAUCAGAUGAAAAUGUUAUAAUAAAGGCUAUAUCAAAUAUUAAAUUAAAAAUCAGUGAGUACCUAAAUAUUCCGAUAGACAAAUUGAAUCCACAGUUGAAUAUCGAUGAAAACUCCUUCGAUUGCUUUUAUUUAUAUGAUAACUUGGCACAUGACGUUUACGAUAGCAUUGAACAAAUAAAAAAAGAAAUGAUGCUAGAAGUUGAAUUUUUGAAGAACCAAAAAGAGCUAACAGAUAACAGAUGCAAUGUGGAAAUUGAGAAAAAUAAUAACGAAAAGUCGGAGAACUUAAAAUAUUUAGAUCAAAUAUAUUUUUAUCAGUGUAUAGAUGGUCAGUGUAUAUUUCUAGACCCGUUUAUUUUGAAAUUGCUCUUUUUUGAAUGUGAUAAUGACAUGAACAGAAUGCCAAAAUUCUUGUGCAACAGACAAAUUACGUACAUUGAGUCCUUUGAGCUAGAUGAAAAAAUCCGAAGGAGGAAUACCAUUUUAUCGCACUUACCGUUGGGUGUUAACGUUUUGUUUGUGUCGUUAAAUAUAGAUGAUAUCCUGUCCAAAAGAACCAAAACGUAUUUUUCAAAAGAAAUAUCUGAAAGGAAAAAGAAACACCUUACCAUUUUGAAAAAAAAAAUUAAGGAGGAGAAAUAUUUCAAACUAUUAGCCGAUGAAGAAAUUAACAGAAAAGAGAAACGUUACUGGAACCUGCCCAACAACACAAUAAGCAUACAAAAUGAUUCACUCAGCGCAAGUUCUAGUUCUCUGAGAUACUCAAAUUAUAUGGAGGAAAAAAAAUAUAUCCAUGAAGAAUUACCCACUGAUGCAAUGUUACAAUAUGAUCACUGUAUAAUGAGUAAAGGAUUGGUUAAUAUGAACGCAUUGGACGAGAAGCACAAAAGUGAAGAUAAGGUUUAUGUUCCAAAUAAUGCAAUUAAGAAAAAUAUAAAUAAUACUUCUAAAAAAAAAAAUGAAAAUAAGAAUAAUGGAAAGCAUAAGAAUAUUAAAACUGAUUUUAAUAGCUCUGAACCAUUAAACGUAAAGGACAAAAAUAAUCAAUUGCCAAAAAGGAGUUUUCUUGAAAUAGCUAAAAAAAAAUGUGAUAUUAAUAAUAUAAAAUGUGAAAUUCCCCAAGAGAAAGAACAAAAGUUAUCCAUUGGCUCUGGCUCACUUAGCAUUAAUUUGAUAGACUUAAUCAAUAACAAAACAUCAAAAAAAAAAAAAAGAAAAUAA